AUGGAAAAAAGAAAAUAUAACAAAAGACACAAUGUUAAUAGAGCUUUAAAUGUGGAAGAAACUGAAAGAACGAAAGAAAAACGUGUUUUUGCUGUUACCGUUCAAAAACGUGACAGUGAAACACUUUUGGACCUUCAUAGUAGAGACAUAGAAUGGAUACAAGCUGCUGAUUCUACCCAGAAGUUGGAUGAAGUUAAGCAUGGAUAA